AUGGCUCCAAACAACCAUUCCCGGCGCCAGGCCGGAUUGUUCUCGUGGACCCAGGCAGCUGCCGCAGCCGCCAUCGCUAUUGUCACCGUUAUGACAGCAGUGCCCCAGGCCGAAGCAUCUGAGACCCAGGUGCGUAGGGAUAUACCGACGGGAAAAAGAAACGUCAUCUUCAUGGUGUCUGAUGGAAUGGGCCCUCAAAGUGUCGAUAUGGCUCGAAGCUACCGCCAGUGGCAGACAGGUGCCAAAAAUGUACUCUGGUUGGAUAGCCAUCUUAUCGGCCAGUCACGCACAAGGUCGUCCAGCAGCCCGAUCACGGAUUCUGCUGCGGGCGCUACAGCAUUUUCCUGCGGGAAGAAGACCUACAAUGGUGCCAUUGCCGUGUUGCCCGACCACACCCCAUGUGGUACUGUCUUAGAGGGUGCAAAGGCUGCUGGCUAUAAGACCGGCUUGGUUGCUACCACAAGAAUCACGGAUGCUACCCCCGCCGUUUUCGCUGCCCAUGCCAAUUCACGUUCCUACGAGGAUUUAAUUGCAGAACAGGAGAUCGGAGAACAUCACCCACUAGGCCUACAGCUUGACCUUCUCCUUGGCGGAGGGAGAUGCCAUUUCCUUCCGGGUAGUGCAGGAGGUUGCCGUGAUGACAACAAGGAUAUCGUGAGGCUUGCCAGAUCAAAGGGCUUCUCAUAUGUUGGCGAUCGCAGCGGAUUCGAUAGUUUGAGGGGCGGAGAAGCUGCUAGACUCCCCUUACUCGGCCUUUUCGCUGAUGACAACAUUCCAUUUGAGAUUGAUCGCCGAUACCAGAAUAACGUGUAUCCCUCUCUCGAAGAGAUGACUCGCACUGCUCUAAAGGCAUUGAGUGAUGCCACUCGUGAUAGUGACCAAGGCUUUUUCAUUAUGAUUGAGGGCUCCCGUAUUGACCACGCUGGUCAUGGCAACGACCCUGCAGCCCAAGUCCAUGAAGUGGUUGCAUUCGACCAGGCCUUUGCGGCCGCCUUGGAAUUUCUUGAGCAGGACUCUACUCCGGGUAUUCUCAUCAGCACAUCUGAUCAUGAAACGGGAGGCUUGUCCGCGGGCCGCGCCCGGUCAAACAUUCUCGGUAAUGCAGCACACUCGGCUGAAUACCUAGGGCAAAUAUUGCAGAGUUACGGCGGUGACAGCAACACUGCCCGCCAGCUUGUGGAGGACGGCCUAGGAAUCCACGAUGCGUCCGACCGUGAGAUAAAUGCUGUUGUUCGUAACGGGGCAGACGGCUUCGCUGAUCUCAUCAGCCAGCGGGCUCAAGUAGGAUGGUCAACACAUGGCCAUACCCCCGUCAAUGUCAAUAUUUACAGCUCUUCUCCACAGGAUUCCAAGGCCCUUGCUGGUACCCACGAAAAUACCGAGAUUGGCAGCUUCCUGGCAAAGUAUCUCCGUGUAGACCUCGACGCGAUUACAAGACGAUUAAGGGGGAUUAGGACUACGCCUAACCGCAGGGCCGUACCUGACUACUCUUGGAUGGGCAAACCACUUUCCGCGAAAGAGCUUGAACAACUUGACGCUCAGCGGAAUAACUCGACAAGGGGGUAG